AUGUUAAAAAUUUACCAAAUAUUGAUAGCGAUUUUCGCAAUUUUCAUUAUCAUUCUCCGUGUAACCAGCCAAGGAUGCAACGUUUGCCAGAGUAAUAGUGCAGCAUGCAUUAAUGAAACAUCAUUUUAUUUGUGUUAUGGGGGUACAUUACCCUAUACUAAUCAAAUAUACAACUGUGCUGACGGUCUUGUCUGCUCGGAUCAACCAAAUAUUUGCUUCCAGAGUAAUGGAGCAGCAGCUAGUUGUGGCGAUACUUCUAGUUGUGGAUUAUGCAAUGCAAAUCAAGUAUUCGCAUGCACCAGUCGCACCACAUUCGCAUUUUGUUUUGGUGCCACACGACCGACUGAUGUAAAUGGCACAUGCCCGACGGGUUGGCUGUGUGACGCAUCUACACAGAACAUAUGCGUUGCCGAAACUACGGUAUGUAACAGCUUAUCAAAUACUUAUUUUGAAUUUCAAACACACAAAAAUGUACAUAUGUACAUGGUACUAUGACUGUCUUACAAUUUAACAGUUAAUACAGAGAUCAUGUGAUAAAUUUAUAGUGUUUUACGUUUAGAAAUUAAUUUAUCUCAAUUCUAAUAAAUGUGCUUAAGUUAAAGGUUACAUAUCGUUACCUUAAUAUAUACACUCUAUAGUAUAAAUACUUAAUAUAAAGAUAUAGUAGCUACAAAACUUGAUAAGGUUCUUCAGUUGCGAUUUUCUUCACUACUGGUUAUAAAAAAAGCAUAAACUAAUUUUCUUAUGUAGUAGUUGAUUUCAAAUUUGUUUAAGUCUUUAGUGAGAAAUCUACCGACCUUUGUACAGAGCUUAAUUUUGAAACAAAAUGUGUUAGGGCCUUUCUAUA